AUGGCUGCCCAAUCGAGCGGCCGAAUACCAGAUCACACUUCGGAUUAUCGAAUUGCUGUGUUUGGUGCCGGUGGUGUCGGCAAAUCAUCCAUCGUAUUACGCUUUAUCAAAGGAACAUUUAAUGAAAACUACAUUCCAACUAUCGAAGACACUUUUCGACAGGUAAUAAGUUGUAAUCACAAGAAUGUAUGUACAUUACAAAUUACCGAUACAACAGGUAGCCAUCAAUUUCCUGCUAUGCAACGACUUUCUAUUAACAAAGGAAAUGCUUUCGUACUGGUAUAUUCUAUUACGAGCAAGCAAAGUUUGGAGGAACUUGGACCCAUAAUACUGAUGCUAAAGGAAGUGAAAGGUGAAAGCGUUACUGAAGUGCCUAUUAUGCUUGUUGGCAAUAAAAAAGAUGAAGAUCAGCGUCGUGAAGUAAGCUUCGAACUUGGACAAAAGUUGGCUACAAAGUGGGGAACUGGUUUUAUCGAAACGAGUGCUAAAGAUAAUGAAAAUAUCACCGAACUAUUUCAACGCUUGUUGGCGAUGGAGAAGAAACGAACUUUGACAUUGACGAUGGAUGAAGAGAGCGGUAAAAGUAGCUCGAAAAGGAAAUGCUCUCUCAUGUAG